AGAGGAGGGGGAGAGUGAGACGGAAAGGGAGAGAGAGAGAGGGGGAACUCCUCCUACCAAAUUAUUCAGACUGGGCAGGCUCUGCUCCCUUCACAAAUAGGACACGGUUCUCAAAUGCAGGCAGUCCCAGUCUGACCUCCAAACACCGAGGAAGCCCAAACUGGGAAAACCGGGAUAAAGAGAGAGAAAGAGAGAGAGAGCAUCAGAAACAACAACAACAAGAGAAAAACUCUGUGUCAUUAUUUUUGGCGUGUGUUCACAUUGUGGCCCCCUCCCCUCCUCCCUCCUCCUCCCUCCCCACCACUGACUCCACUUCCACACCGGUUUUGUCGCCUGAUUUGGACUAUAUUCUUUUUUUUUCUUCUACUUCUUCUUCUUCUUCUCUUUCUGGAGGAAGAGGAGGAGAGGCAUUGACGCGAAGAAGGGGCAAAAAAGCUGGUGCGAGCUGCACACAUCACCCCCAACAACAACAACUCCUGUCCCACCCAUGUUGUAGCUUCUUCGUGUUUCUUCUGCUUGCACUGUGGAGAGGAGGUGAUUUUUUUUUUUUGGAUUUUUUUUAAAACAAUCUCCUGGGCUGCUGUGUGUGUGUGUGUGGUUGUGUGUGCGCGCGUGUGUGUGUGUCUCAGAGCCACUGUGGACGCGCAGUGAGCGCGCGGCGCAGCGCUGCAUUCUACAGUAUAUGGAAGUUGUGGGCUGCAAGACAGAGGCAGGCAGUUGCACGUUGCGUCCAGGACCGGGAGCCAUGCUUUUCCACGGGAUCUCCGGGGAUCACAUCCAAGGCAUCAUGGAGGAGAUGGAGAGACGCUCGAAGAGCGAGUCUCGUCUGGCGAAGGGACUGCAGCUCAACGGGAGGGAGUCGACGAUGCCUUCAAUGAGUCCGGAGAAACCGGCUCUGUGCGCCGGCUGUGGUGGGAAGAUCUCGGACAGAUAUUACCUACUAGCCGUGGACAAACAGUGGCACCUGCGCUGCCUCAAAUGCUGUGAAUGUAAACUGGCGCUGGAGUCCGAGCUCACGUGUUUUGCCAAGGACGGAAGUAUCUACUGCAAAGAGGAUUAUUACAGGUUCUCCGUGCAGAGGUGCGCGCGCUGCCACCUCGGGAUUUCGGCCUCGGAGAUGGUGAUGCGAGCGCGCGACUCCGUGUACCACCUGAGCUGCUUCACGUGCACCACCUGCAACAAGACGCUGACCACGGGGGACCACUUCGGCAUGAAGGACAGCCUCGUGUACUGUCGCCUCCACUUCGAGACGCUCGUGCAGGGACCAGAGUAUCAUCCCCAGCUCAACUUCGCCGAGCUCGCGGCCAAAGGCGGCGGCGGCCUCGCGCUGCCGUACUUCAACGGCACCGGCACCGCGCAGAAGGGAAGGCCGCGCAAGAGGAAGAGCCCGGCCAUGGGCAUAGACAUCCCGAGCUACAACACAGGCUGUAACGAGAACGACACGGAUCACCUGGACCGGGACCAGCAGUCGUACGCUCCGACACAGAAGACCAAACGCAUGCGGACCUCCUUCAAACACCAUCAGCUGCGGACAAUGAAAUCCUACUUUGCCAUCAACCACAACCCAGAUGCCAAGGACUUAAAGCAGCUGGCGCAGAAAACGGGCCUCACUAAGAGAGUUCUACAGGUUUGGUUCCAAAACGCAAGAGCCAAAUUCAGAAGGAACGUUUUGCGACAGGAGAAUGGAGGUGUUGAUAAGGCUGAUGGCACCUCACUCCCUCCGCCCUCGUCCGACAGUGGGGCCCUGACCCCCCCCUCCAGCGCAGCCACACUAACAGACCUGACAAACCCCUCUAUCACUGUAGUGACCUCCGUCACCUCUAGUUUGGACAGCCAUGAUUCGGGGAGCCCUUCACAAACUACCUUGACAAACCUUUUCUAACAAUCUAUCUCUAGAUUGAUUCUAGACUGAUUUUUUUUUGCCCUGGUUUUUUUUUUUUAUUUCUUUGCUUCUUUAUAAUUUUAUUUUGUCAUUUUAUUUUUUAAGUGACACCUUUAAAAAAAACAAAACAACCAGAGACAGCUCCUUGGAACAGAAAUUGCUGUACUGUGUACACACACACACAUACACACACAAACAGAAAUACAACAAGAGCAAGAGCAGCAGCGGUGGCCACAUUAAAACACAAGGAAGUCAUGUGUAGCGUUUGGAAAACGGCACGGCAGACUUAAAGUAUGAGGAAAUUUGGACAUUCUUUUGAAGAUGGAGGCACUCGAUUAAUUUGACGUGUAUUUCACAGUUCAUUGGAGGGGGGGAGAAACUAAACUUGAAGCUUGUCUGGGGGGAAAAUAGUUUAACUUGAUUUGUACAUUUGUAUUUGAAUUUUAAAAAAAGAACUAGCCCUUUCUAAUUUAUGCUUAAUCAGUAAUAAUCUGAAUAUCUUGCCCUCAGAAACCUGUAUAUGUAUGCACUGUGUUCGCAAAAACGUCCAAUUUUAAAGAUCUGUUCUUUCUGUUUUGGAAUAAUUUGGGAAAUAAACUUGUAGAAUGUUCUGUAUGAUGGAUAAAACUCCAGAAAACAGGCUUUAAUUAUCUACCGAAUGUGCGGUCUUUGAGGCAGAAUGGAGGAUGGGACGGAAUCAGACACUGGGUUAUUAUUUUCACAUGCAGAGGGGCUACAUGUAGAGCGUCACGCUAAAAAAGCCACACACACACACACACACAAACACACAUUUCCAGUCCCAUAAUCUGUACAGUGGUAACUGUCCAACGUGUAACGCAGUCACAGUGAAAGGAUUUAGAUUUGGAGAGAGUAGCAGUUACUGGGCGCUGUAACGCGGAUAAACAUAUCCACAGAACCACAGCUAGACUCCGUUGCACAGUGACAAUAACCUGCCCAGUGAAAAGUGCAUUAUUGUUUUUAUCAUGUUGCUCAGGGUAACAAUGUGAUUUGGUUUAGUUUUUUUAAA